AUGGUUUCACUUCCCAUAGUCCAAUAUGAAGAAAAAAUCAUCGAAACCGUUGAGCGGAAUCCUGUCGUGGUUGUCAUCGGAGAGACGGGUUCCGGCAAGAGCACUCAACUCUCUCAGAUGAUUCACCGCCGCGGCUACGGCAAAAUCGCCGUUACUCAGCCCCGUCGAGUCGCCGCCGUCUCCGUCGCUAGACGAGUCGCACACGAGCUCGGUGUUCAGCUCGGUGAGGAAGUAGGUUACGCUAUUCGAUUCGAGGAUAGGACUUCUCACAACACGCGCAUAAAGUAUCUUACCGAUGGCGUCCUGUUACGUGAAAGUCUGGCAAAUCCUGAGUUGAAGGAGUAUUCUGUUAUCAUAUUGGAUGAGGCGCAUGAACGGAGUUUAAACACGGAUAUAUUGAUGGGUCUGAUGAAACGCUUGGUUAAAGUUCGUUCCUCUGAUCUCAAAGUUUUGAUCACGUCUGCGACUCUUGAUGGUGAUAAAGUGUCCAAGUUCUUUGCUGAUUGUCCGGUAUUGAACAUCCCGGGAAAAUUGUAUCCCGUUGAGGUUCUUUAUAGCAGUGAGCGUCCCUCGAGCUACCUCGAGUCUUCACUGAAAACAGCUCUUGAUAUACAUCUUCACCAACCAGAAGGGGAUGUUUUAAUAUUCAUGACUGGACAGGAUGACAUAGAGAAGUUGGUAUCUAAGUUAGAAGAUAAGGUUCGUGCUCUCGAGGAAGGUUCCUGCAUGGAUGCUAUAAUCCUUCCCCUACAUGGUUCUUUGCCCCCUGAAUUGCAGAUGCGUGUAUUUAGUCGUCCACCUCCAAAUUGUAGACGAAUUAUUGUUGCAACAAAUAUUGCUGAAACUUCCUUGACUGUUGAUGGUGUAGUGUAUGUUAUUGACUGUGGUUAUGUGAAGCAACGGCAGUACAAUCCAUCUAGUGGCAUGUAUUCUCUUGAUGUUGUUCAAAUUAGCAAAGUGCAAGCUAAUCAGCGUGCAGGCCGAGCUGGACGAACACGUCCUGGGAAAUGCUACCGACUAUACCCCUCUCGUUUUUACAAUGAUGAAUUUUUGGAUGUUACAGUUCCGGAAAUUCAGAGAUCUUCCCUCGCUGGCAGUGUUCUUUACUUAAAGUCAUUGGACCUCCCAGAUAUUGACAUUCUAAGAUUUGACUUUCUGGAUCCUCCAUCAUCUGAAUCCUUACAAGAUGCGUUGAAGCAGUUAUAUCUGAUUGAUGCUAUUGAUGAAAAUGGUGCAAUUACAAGUAUUGGACAGAAAAUGGCUGAGCUUCCAUUAGAACCAUCCUUAGCAAGAACUUUAAUGGAGGCAAAAAAUUAUGGUUGCUUAUCUGAGGCUUUGAUUGUUGCUGCCAUGUUAUCAGUUGAGACUACAUUGCUGCCUGGGCAGAGAAAGACUGAGAAAAAGAGGAAACACUCAAUAUCUAAUCUUCCUGAUGGUUCUGGAUUGGGUGAUCACAUUCAAUUGCUACAGAUAUACCAUUGCUGGGAUCAAACUGAUUUUGACAUCGGCUGGUGCAAAGAUAAUGGCUUGCAGGUGCGAGGGAUGUUGUUUGUCAAAGACGUCCAUAAGCAGUUAUCCCAGAUAAUGCAGAAAAUAUCAAAGGGACCACUGGAUGUAAAGGCUAAUGGGAAAAGAGAAGAGUUCAGGCAAAAUUAUCGAAAUUUGAGGAAGGCUUUAUGUGUGGGCUAUGCAAAUCAGCUGGCUGAAAGAAAGAUGCACCACAAUGGUUAUCGAACUCUGGGUUUCCAAGCUCAAGUAGUCCAGGUGCAUCCAUCAUCUGUAUUGAGUCUUGAUGACCUGGGAAAGUUCCCAGACUAUGUUGUUUACCAUGAACUAAUUGCAACACCACGGCCAUUCAUGAGAAAUGUAUGUGCUGUUGAGAUGAGAUGGGUUAUACCCAUUAUUAACAAGCUCAAGACCCUGGAUGUGUACAAAUUAAGUGGUAGUAUUCAUCAUGUUGAGGAGGAACCUGAGAAAAAUCUUCAAGAUUUACCCAAGAAGGAUGUUGAGGUUACUAGUACUGCUGAUGAUCGUGAAAGUAGAAUCCAAGCUGCUAGAGAACGAUUUCUUGCUCGUAAAGACAAAAAAUGA